AUGGCAGCCAUAGUUAGUCAAUUUUUCGUUUGCAUCCUCCUCCUUUUCCUAACCCCUCGCGCUCUUUGUCGCACUCUUACAACGAAGGACUCGAUCGUGAUAACGACACCUUUUGAGUUUUCCAAUAAUUUACAAAGUUCUAGAAAGGGUGAUAGCAUUGAAGGACUCCAUCAAGUUAAGAAAUACCUCUACCAAUUUGGUUAUCUCAGUACUCUUGAUGCUAACCAUAAGGAUUUAUUCGACAAUACAUUAGAAUCUGCAAUCAAAACUUACCAACUCAAUCACAACCUCGACAUUACUGGAUUUUUAGAUUCUCAUACAAUGUCGAAAAUGAUGACGCCUCGAUGCGGGGUACCCGACAUAAUCAAUGGAACCAACAAAAUGUACCGUAGCACCAACCCCUUGAAUACUUCACAAUUCACUUUCUUUCCAAGUCGCAGAAAAUGGCCUGAAACCCUACUUUUCUAUAGAUUUCAAAAUUUACAAAUUGCUUUUGUUUAUGGUGAACAUGGCGAUGGAUAUCCGUUUGACGGACCCGGUGGGGUCCUUUCGCAUGCGUUUCAGCCAACCAAUGGCCGAAUGCAUUUUGAUGCAUCCGAGGAUUGGAUAGUUGGUUCUCUUCCUCGUACAAUUGAUAUAGUUAGUGUUGCGUUGCAUGAAAUUGGGCAUCUUCUUGGACUUGGGCAUACGAAUAUUCCAGAUGCAAUUAUGUACCCUAAUAUCCGUUAUGCUAUGGUCAAGAGAACUUUACAUCAAGAUGAUAUCGAUGGAAUUAGAACUUUAUAUGGAUCUUGA